CUAUAGUUACACACAUGCACACGCACACGCACACACACAUGCGUGUAUAGCCAGUAUGGCGACCGAAGAACACAAACGAUUAGCUAAUGUUGUUAAACAAAUUCAUGCUUUAUUACGAAAAGAAUGUGAAAAAUAUGGUGCAGAAAUAGCAUGGCAAAAACAUGUAAGCCGAAACGACGUUUUACAGAAAUAUGUUAUGUCGAUGAAGGAUCUUGCAACUACGCAUUGGAAAGGCAAUAAUACGGAUUCUUUAAGUGGAACUUAUUGUAGAAUAGAAUGGAUCAAAUCCCAAUGUAAAGAAUAUUUUUUCAAUGGUGGCAAAAAGAAAUAUUCUAAUAGGGAAUUUAGUAUAAAAGGAAAAAUAGGAGAAUUGUCGAUAAUAGAUGAUAAUAUGGAAGAACAAAAUAUGUUGAUUUCUAAACAGGAUUAUUAUAACGAUAAGGAAUUGUUAAACGAAGCAGACCAAAUCUUUCAAAAGAUUUCAGUAUUAGAUGUAGGGAGUUGUUACAAUCCUUUUGAAAUGGAAGAUAUGUUCAAAGUAACAGCAAUAGAUUUGGUAGCUGUUCAACCUAAUGUUUUACAGUGUGAUUUCUUAAGCGUCGAUAUAGGAAGAGAACAAAUCUUAUCUGCAGAUAAAAAACAAAUUUUACAAUUACACGAGGAGUCGUUUGACGUUGUUGUAUUUUCUUUAUUGUUAGAAUAUAUGCCAUGUCCAAAACAAAGAUAUCUUUGCUGUAGCAAAGCAUAUAAUUUACUGAAGAAAAAUGGUAUAUUAUUUAUUAUCAGUCCUGAUUCGAAACAUGUUGGCGCAAAUGCUAAGUUGAUCAAAUCAUGGAGAUAUGUUUUGUCCAAGUUGGGUUUUAUGAGAAUUAAAUAUGAAAAAUUGCGACACAUACAUUGCUUGAUAUUUAGAAAAUGUAUCUACAAAGAAGUGGCACUGAGGUGGGCAAACAUGCAAACUUUUUCAGAGAGCAACAUACUGUAUCAAAGCGAAGAUAAGAUCUUUAUUCCUCAAGAUUUUAAAACUGUUGAUGACAAACAUAAUGAAAAUAGCAAUCAUGAUAUACAUGAUUUACUUUGUUCCUUCAAUGAGUUACCUUUUGCUGAAUUAUAACAUUAUUUCUACAUAAGAUUUUUUACUUCCAUUAUUAUUAUAUCAUAUAUGUAAUAAAAAGAAAAAG